ACUAUAGGGCAAGUUUUAUCUUGGUUAAGACAUGAUAUAAUUAUUGAUUUAACUUACAAAGUUUAUUUGUGCAGUUCCGAAACGUAAUGAGUCAUCAUCAUUCGAGUAUCCAAUAGCUCCCUGGGGCCUGCAAAGGCUGUUGGAAUAUAUGAAGCAAAAUUAUGGCAAUCCUCCUGUAUAUAUCCAUGAAAAUGGUCAACAAACUGCACGCAAUUCAUCAUUGGAGGAUAGGUCGAGGAUAAAAUAUGUGCAGGGACAUAUCCAAGCUUUGCUUGAAGCUGUAAGGAAUGGAUCAAAUGCCAGAGGCUAUUUUAUAUGGUCCUUUUUGGACUCCCUUGAGCUAUUGGGUGGCUAUGAAUCAAGCUUUGGCCUAUACUACAUGGAUUUGGACGACCCUGAUUUAAAAAGACAACCCAAACUCUCUGCUCAUUGGUACUCCCAAUUUCUAAAGAGCAAGAACCUCACCAGCUUAGAUGGAUUUCUUGAAUCCCUUUCCCAUGGUUACCAUUCUCAGUAAACUUUAUUUUACAUAGUAAAAUACUUAUGUUUAGAGCUUGUAGCUUAAGUGGUUAAGAGCACAUACCCCUCUCCUCCAAGAAUGCU